AUGGCGAACCGUGCCACGAGGGAGGUCGUGCCGGCGUCGUCGAGGGUGGCGAUCAUCGGCGGCGGGAUCAGCGGGCUGGCCUCGGCGAAGCAGAUGGCCGCUUACGACCCCGUGGUGUUCGAGGCCACGCCUUCCAUCGGCGGUGUCUGGAAGCACUGCGUCUACCGCACCACGCGCCUCCAGACGCCGCGCCCGGACUACGAGUUCUCCGACUACUCGUGGCCCAACCGCGACGAUCCGACGUUCCCGACCCACACCGAGAUCGUCGACUACCUGGAGGGGUACGCCGACGAGUUCGACCUCUGGCGCUACAUCGCGUUCGGGUCCAAGGUGGUGGACAUCAAGUACCUCGGCGGCCCCCAGGCCGGGUUCACGGAGCUCUGGAGCGGCACAGGCAAGGCGCCGCUCCAGGGAAGGCCCAUGUGGGAGGUCGGGGUCGCCACCGGCGGCGUCGUCCAGUAUUACAAGUUCGAGUUCAUCGUGAUGUGCGCGGGGAAGUACGGCGACGUGCCGCGGAUGCCGGUGUUCCCGGCGGGGAAGGGGCCGGAGGUGUUCAAGGGGCAGGUGAUGCACUCGCUGGACUACUGCAAGCUGAGCGAGGAGGAGAGCGUGGAGCUGAUGCGAGGGAAGAAGGUUGUGGUGGUUGGGUACAAGAAGAGCGCCAUUGAUCUAGCCAAUGAAUGCGCUCAGGCAAACCAAGGUGAGGGAGGUCAGGCGUGCACGAUGCUAGUGCGGACGCUGCACUGGGUGGUGCCUUCUUACUCCAUCUGGGGACUGCCAUUCUUCAUCUUCUUCUCCACACGAUUCUCCCAGCUCAUCUACGAGCGCCCCAACCAGGGCUUCUUCAGAUUCCUCCUCUGCCUCCUCUUGAGCCCACUGAGGACGGCGGUGUCCAAGUUCAUCGAGUCGUACCUGUCGUGGAAGCUUCCGCUGGGCAAGUACGGGCUGACGCCGGACCACCCCUUCGUGGAGGACUACGCCAGCUGCCAGAUGGCCAUCCUCCCCGACGGCUUCUUCGACAUGGCUGACCGCGGCCUCGUCCGCUUCCAGAGGGCCUCCGGCGGCUGGAGCUUCUGCGAGGACGGCGUCGUCCUCGCCGACGGCACCAAGGUGGAGGCCGACCUCGUCUUCCUCGCCACCGGCUUCGAGGGCAAGGACAAGCUCCGCGCCGUCCUCCCCGACCCCUUCCGCAGCCUCGUUGUCAACAAGUCCUCCAUGAUGCCCCUCUACCGCGGCACCAUCCACCCGCUAAUCCCCAACAUGGCCUUCGUGGGCUACGUGGAGAGCGUCUCCAACCUGCACACUUCGGAGCUGCGCUGCCGGUGGCUCUCGGGGCUGCUGGAGGGGCGGUUCGAGCUGCCGAGUGUCAAGGCCAUGACGGCGCACGUCGAGGACGAGGUGGAGGCCAUGCGCCGCACCACGCGCUUCUACCGCCGCCACUGCAUCUCCACCUACAGCAUCCACGACAGCGACGGGAUGUGCGCCGACCUCGGCGCCGCCACGCGCCGCAAGGCCAACUGGAUCGCCGAGCUCUUCGCGCCGUACAACAACAAGGACUACCAGGAAGAUCAGUAA